AUGGGCGUUCCAUCACUAUACAAAUGGAUAACUCAGAGAUAUCCCGAAGUCAAGCUAAAACCAAACAGAGAAGAGGACCAUCUCACCGACAACUUGUAUCUUGACUUCAAUGCCAUAAUCCAUCCCUGCUGCAACAAAGCACUGGAGAACAUGGCCGACACAGAUACUGAACUGUACAAGAAUCUAGAAAAAUACAUGGACGAGGUCAUAGCACGAAUAAGGCCAAGAAGACUGUUGUACAUUUCUGUGGAUGGAGUGGCUCCAAGAGCCAAACUUAAUCAACAACGCUCAAGACGGUUUGUGCAUGCUAGAGAAGUCUCGGAACAGGGGAACUUCUAUUUUAAAGAUGACUGUGGAAAUGAGCCAGCUCACCAUUCAAGAUUGACAGUUUUGGACCAGGAAAUAGAAAACUCUGCAGUGAGUAAGAAUAUGAGUGAUGAAGCCACGCCUAAUGGAUGUGGCGUAUUUGAUACAAAUGCAAUAUCACCUGGUACCGAAUUCAUGCAGAGAUUGGAUGCUUUUCUCCAGGAACUGAUCAGCUUUAAGAUGAGCUUUGAUCAAAGAUGGACAGGGUUUAAUGUCAUUUAUUCCAGUUACCGCGUGCCUGGAGAAGGCGAGCAGAAAAUCAUGGAAUACAUACGAAAACACCAGAAUCCCAAAUUUUCCUCUGUUAUUUUCAGUCCAGAUGCUGACUUAAUAUUUCUCGGGCUAUCUCUCUUUGACCACUCAGUAAUGGUACUGAGAGAGGAGCCUCCGAAGCAUGGCAAUAGCAAUGGAUCAUUGUCAAAUGAGAAAGACUUUGUAUUGGUUGACAUUCCAAGAUUAAAGCAUUUGAUUAUUAGGGACUUUAAAUAUGUGAUGAAAAUGCCUUUUAACCACAGAAAGUUCUUAGAAGACUGGAUUUUUCUGUGUUUUACUGUUGGCAAUGAUUUUUUGCCAUGCACGCCAUGCUUUGAGAUAAGAACGGAUGCUCUUGAUAAGCUCACACAUAUCCUCCAGACUGUCUAUUUAAACACAAGAAGUUUCAUAACUGAUAACGGAAAAAUCAACUACGAUGUUCUUAGAGAGUUUUUUAUCGAAUGUGCUAGACGAGAAAAUACAUUUAUAGUAGAAAAGAGGAAUAACCUAGUCAAUGUAAGGCAGAGAAUGAAUCUUCCAUAUGACCCCUCCGAGGAGUUUUUCCUGGAAACAGAAAGAGGCAAAAUCAGGUUUUAUGUUGAAAAAAUGGGAAUAACUUCAGAAAAAGAUCUUCUAAUUGCUUGUGAAGAAUACAUUAAGGGACUGGAGUGGGUGUAUAAUUAUUACUUCUAUGACAUGCCAAGCUGGGAAUGGUACUACCCUUACCACUUUGCACCCUUUAUGACUGAUCUUGCAUUGGUCAAAGAUGUCAAGUUCAAGUUUACCACUGGCAGACCUCUUAAGCCUUUGGAGCAACUACUGACCGUUCUUCCACCCUCCUCAAAGGAUCUUCUUCCCAGCUGUCUUCAUUCGGUUUUUGAUGAGUUUAAAGAAUACUAUCCAACGGAGUUUAAAUUGGAUAUGUUCCAGAAAUGUAUGGAUUGGCAGGCAGUCCCCAUUCUGCCCUUUAUAAACGUACAAGACUUGAUCAAAGCAUUUGAAAAUAGGCAAAAUGAGCUGAAAUUCUCAGAAUGUGAGAGAAAUAUCACUGGCUAUCCGAUUUUCUAUUCAAAACAGCCAAGACUGAUUGCAAAGAUCUAUCCUUUGUAUACCGAGUUGAAACCGUACGACUAUAUUAAGUUUGAUGAGUUUAACGGACGGGUGUAUGCACUGAAUAAGUUCAGGGCACUUGAGGAAGAGGUAAAUCUGUAUGGAUUCAAUUAUAUCAAUAGAAUCGUAAAAUUUACUUUUGAUCAAAGAAAAAUAGGGAAAUGA